AUGGCUGCUGUACACGGUCCCAUAAUACCUACCCACCCUUCCCCAUUUCGGAAUACCCAGAGUGUCCCUCAUUCGCGAAUGGGCUAUCAUCCUGCACCGUCGGCACCACCGAAACCUCAGUCUACUCAGCCCACGACGAGACAUUCUGACCCAUUCUAUGGUCAUGAGCAGAUUUCCCGGUUAUGCGGUCGCUUCAUUACGCAUCUGUUUGCUUGUCCAGAGUACCCCCCUUCGUCUUCUAACUCACAAGUAAAGCUCCCCCAUUUCAUUGCGUACGCACUUCACCGGACAAAGCUUCACUCUUCUGUAACCUUCGCUGCCCUCGUCCUCCUUCAGCGACUCAAAGCGCGCUUCCCCACUGCUCGGGGAUCUUCGGGUCACCGUCUUUUCGUAUCCGCUUUCAUGCUCGCAUCCAAGGUUAUCUGUGACGACACUUACUCCAACAAAUCCUGGAGUAUUGUAGCCCAGGGUAUGUUCCAAUUGCGAGAAAUCAAUCAGAUGGAGCGCGAGAUGUGUCAGUAUCUGGAGUGGGAACUCAAUGUGGAUCCGGUAACGCUCAGGGAGUUCGAAGACAUGGUCAAGAAGGAUUUCGCAGGUCAAGGACCUUACCCGACUUAUAUCCUUCCCUCCUCGUCCAAGACAACCCCUCCACCUACCACCAAUCCCUUCCCGCCUCCUCCAGCCGCUUUGGCCCCCACGCCUUCGCCUUCAUAUGGCCAUCGGUAUCCAUCGCCUCCAAAGCCCGCUUUCCCCCCGCCAAAUUCCUCGUACAUUACUCCUCCCACAACGCCGGAUACGCCAUCACCAAGUUAUUCAACAUCGACGUCUCCAGCGUCAACGGCAUCACCCCCAACACCGCCGGGUAUGGAGGAUUGUACUGCACGCAUUGUCUCAGCUUCAUCGUCACCAGGUAUACCAAAACACGAGCCUGUGCCAGUACCACCGCCAUCGAAGCACAAGAUGUUCGCGUUCGCUUCGCCGGCUGUGUGGUGAAGGCGGCUCAUUGAGUGCAUUGUGGUUUUUGUUGCAUUUCUCUUACUGCCACUUAUACACUCAUUUUUGCCCGUCUUGAUGACGCUGCUAAUAUAUACACCUUCAUCGCUGUCGGUCACCAUCGAUCGGUCGCGAUAUGUUAUUUACCAGGA